AUGGCUUCUGAAUCCAAAGAAGUGGAGAUUGAUUUUUCACCAUACCUUAAAGUCUACAAAGAUGGAACAGUGGAAAGACUCUUUCGGUCUCCAUAUGUUCCUCCAUCACUUGAUCAUCCCAUCACUCAUAUUUCCACAAAAGACAUCAAAAUUUCAUCCAACGUUUCUGCAAGAAUUUACCUUCCCAAAAUCACCGAUCCUAACAAAAAGCUCCCAAUUUUAGUCUACUACCAUGGUGGUGGUUUUUUCACUGGAUCUGUUUACUCCCUUAUAGACAACCAAUAUCUCAAUCAAUUAGUCCCCAGAGCUAAUGCAGUGACUAUCUCAGUUCAGUACAGGCUCGCCCCUGAACACCCUUUGCCUGCAGCUUAUGAAGAUUCCUGGGCUGCCCUUCAAUGGGUUGCCUCACAUUCUGUAAAGGGUUCUGAAAUCGAUGGCGAAAAAGAGCCGUGGCUGAUCGAUUAUGGUGAUUUUGGUAAAGUUUGCUUAGGAGGUUGUAGUGCUGGAGGGAACAUAGUUCAUAACAUGGCCAUGAAAGCAGGGGAGGAAGGACUAAUUGGUGGGGUGAAAGUUUUAGGUGCAUUUUUAUCUUGUCCUGGUUUUUGUGAUUCGGAAGAAAAUGGACUACAUAAAGUGUGGAGGUUUGUUUAUCCUUCUGCUCCAGGUGGGAUUAAUAGUCCACUGAUCAACCCUUUUGCUGAUGGUGCACCUAAUUUAGCUAAGAUUGGGUGUCAAAAGAUGUUUGUUUGCUGUGCUGAGAAAGAUGUUCUGAGAGGAAUCAAUCUGCGUUAUGUUGAAGCGUUGAAGAAAAGCGGUUGGAAUGGCGAGUUGGAGCUGGUUGAUGUUGAAGGUGAAGAUCACUGCUUUGAAGCAUUUGAUGCCAGUACUGAGAAAGCACAGAGUUUGAUCAGCAAGAUUGGUGCUUUCAUCAAGGACUAA